AUGUCUGUCUCUUUGUCGGUUACGACCUCCUCCACAGAUGACGAACCGCACUACUGCUAUUUCUGUUCUGAUCAGCCUGCCAGACGUUACUUCUUGUGCUGCGGGGUCAGGCUGUUCACCUGCGGAUGCAGGCGAAGCACGACAUGCCCGACAUGUCGGCGGCCGUUGACAGAGCUUCAUACAGAUGAUGGAACAUGGGGGCAGCAGGAGCAUGUUAUCCAAGGGGCAGGAGCAGUUGCACAAGCAGCCGAAGUCGAACAUGACGCACUCAACAUCGAGGAGGAGAAUCUCCAGGUAUGUAGGCCAGGACAGGAACCGAUGCCAGAGCCCGAUGCGGCAGCGAUGGACCGGCCAAGACAACUUCAGCAGAUGCCGUGGUGCCCACCUUUAACACGGCCACCUGCAGAAGGACUGCUGAAGUACCCUAUCUUCCAAAGAAGGUUGGACAAUGGCUGGAUCCGCUACGACUUCCAUGAGGACGACGAGCGACGAAUCAGAAGCAGAAGUGGGCGCACACCACCCGAAGGAUGCCGUGAUCUGCACCAGGGUGGCCGCCCGUGCUGGAAAAACCUGCCACGGUGCGAGGCCGUCAGGCCGGAAGAGGCCUGUUAUUUCCUGGUGCAUGACGGCAAAAAGCUCCUGUUUCACGCAUCUCGCAAGCCUGUCCGAGUCCGGCUUGCCAAGAUCGUGUUGGGAGUGUGGUGGGACGUCGAAUGGAGUUGUGUCUACUCCGACGCGGUAUCGGCAGAACCUACACCAUUCGUAUCCACCAGGACUAGCUUGUGA